UAUUAUGGACUCUGUGCUGAAGCUUCAGAGGGUGCAGCUGAAAUGCAAGAACCUUCAUGAAUUCCUGAGGGGUCUUAGCCCAGGGAUCUUAGACCGGCUGUACAACCAUCCCGCCACCUGCCUAGCGGUCUUCCGCGAGCUACCAGGAUUGGCUAAGAACUAUGUCAUGCGAAUGCUCUUCCUGCAGCAGCCCCUCCCUCAAGCAGCUGUGGCAUCAUGGGUAAAGAAGGAAUAUGUCAAGGAGCAAGAUGAAAGCUCAGAUGUCCUGCUGGGGCUGCGGCUCUGGCACACACAAUUGUUGCCAGGGGGCCUCCAAGGGAUCAUCUUGAACCCCAUCUUCAAGGAGAACUUGCGCAUUGCUCUGCUGGGAGGAGGUAAGGCAUGGUCUGACGACACCAGCCAGCUGGGCCCAGACAAGCAUGCCCGAGAUGUCCCCUCUCUCGACAAGUAUGCUGAGGAGAGGUGGGAGGUCAUCCUGCACUUCAUGGUAGGCUCUCCAAGUGCGGCAGUUAGCCAAGACUUAGCUCAGCUGCUCAUUGAAGCUGGGCUGAUGAAAAGUAGUGAGCCCGGAGAACCUCCUUGCAUCACAUCUUCCGGCUUCCAGUUCCUUCUGCUGGACACCUCUUCUCAACUCUGGUACUUCAUGCUGCAAUAUCUCCAGUCAGCUGAGACCCGGGGCAUGGAUCUGGUGGAGAUCCUUUCCUUCCUCUUCCAGCUCAGCUUCUCCACUCUCGGCAAGGAUUAUUCUGUGGAAGGGAUGAGUGAAUCUCUGCUGAAUUUCCUUCAGCAUCUUCGGGAAUUUGGCCUGGUCUUUCAGAGGAAGAGGAAAUCCAGGCGUUACUAUCCCACCCGCCUGGCCAUCAACCUUUCCUCUGGCAUCUCAGGAACUACAGUGGACACCCACAACCAGGGCUUCAUUGUUGUCGAGACUAACUACAGGAUCUAUGCAUACACAGACUCUGAGCUGCAGAUUGCCCUGAUCGCUCUCUUCUCAGAAAUGCUGUAUCGCUUCCCCAACCUGGUGGUGGCGCAAGUCACCCGGGAGAGCGUGCAGCAGGCCAUCGCGAACGGCAUCACAGCGGAUCAGAUUAUUCACUUCCUACGUACUAGAGCCCAUGCCGUGAUGCUGAAACAGACCCCAGUGCUGCCCCCCACCAUCACGGACCAGAUCCGCUUGUGGGAACUGGAGCGGGACCGGCUGCGCUUCUCCGAGGGUGUCCUCUACAACCAAUUCUUGUCCCAGGUGGAUUUUGAGCUACUACGUGACCACGCCAAGGAGCUGGGGGUGCUUGUCUUUGAGAACCCAUCCAAGCGCCUCAUGGUGGUGACCCCAGCUGGCCAUUCAGAUGUCAAGCGGUUCUGGAAGCGGCAGAAACACAGUUCCUGAGGGGAGUGACUAGGCUCAGAGCCUCUUUCUUCUCCCCCUUGGUACUACAUGGUAGUAGAUUGGGGCGUCGGUUACUACAUCCCUCCCUCAUAACUUUGGGUGAAUAUUCUCAAAGGAGAAUAUCCACAAGUUUGUUAACCAAGAAG